GCGGCCGCGAUGCCGUGGUUCCCGGUGAAGAAGAUCCGCAAGCAGAUGAAGCUGCUGCUGCUGCUGCUGCUGCUCACCUGCGCCGCGUGGCUCACGUACGUGCACCUGAGCCUGGCGCGCCAGGGCCGCGCGCUGCGCCAGCGGCUGGGCUACGGGCGAGAUGGUGAAAAGCUCACCGGUGUGACAGAUGGCCGGGGUGUCCGGGCUAUGCCAUCCACGCAGAGGGCAGAGGACUCCAGUGAGAGUCGUGAGGAGGAGCAGACACCUGACGGCCGGGACCCAAACACGCUGCUUCCCGUUGGGGUGGGGAGGCCGCCUCCACUGAACCUCACCCGUCAGGCACCCCCCUGGCGGGAGGAGUACAAGGGGCAGGUGAACCUGCACGUGUUUGAGGACUGGUGUGGGGGUGCCGUGGGCCACCUGAGGAGGAACCUACAUUUUCCGCUCUUCCCUCACACUCGCACCACUGUGAAGAAGUUGGCCGUGUCCCCUAAAUGGAAGAACUAUGGACUCCGGAUUUUCGGCUUCAUCCACCCAGCCAGAGAUGGAGACGUCCAGUUCUCUGUGGCUUCUGACGACAACUCUGAGCUCUGGCUGAGCGUGGAUGAGACCCCCGCAGCCGCCCAGCUUGUGGCCUUCGUGGGCAAGACUGGCUCUGAGUGGACGGCGCCUGGAGAAUUCACCAAGUUCAGCUCCCAGGUGUCGAAGCCCAGGCGGCUCAUGGCCUCCCGGAGGUACUACUUUGAACUGCUUCACAAGCAGGAUGACCGGGGAUCUGACCACGUGGAAGUGGGGUGGCGAGCUUUCCUGCCUGGCCUGAAGUUCGAGGUCAUCGGCUCUGCUCACAUUUCCCUAUACACAGCAGAUGAGUCCACCCUGAAGAUGGACCACGUGGCCCACGUUCCCCAGUCUCCAGCCAGCCACACAGGAGGUCGCCUGCCACAGGAGGAGCCCAGUGCCGACAUGCUACGGCCGGACCCACGGGACACCUUCUUCCUCACCCCUCGGAUGGAGCCUUCGAGCCUGGAGAAUGUACUGGAGCCCUGCACCUAUGCCCCUACCUACGUCCUCAAGGACUUUCCGAUCGCCAGAUAUCAGGGACUGCAGUUCGUGUACCUCUCCUUCGUCUACCCCAACGACUACACGCGCCUCACUCACAUGGAGACCGACAACAAGUGCUUCUACCGGGAGUCGCCACUAUACCUGGAAAGGUUUGGGUUCUAUAAAUACAUGAAGAUGGACAAGGAAGAGGGGGAGGAAGGUGAAGAGGACGAGGUGCAGCGCCGUGCCUUCCUCUUCCUCAACCCUGACGACUUCCUGGCGGAGGAGGAAGAGGGAGAGUUGCUGGACAGUCUGGAGCCCACUGAAGUGUCCCUGCCACAGGGCAGCCACAGGUCUCCCACCCCAGCCACGCCCACGGAGACUGCUGUCACCCCUGUCCCACCGACACCACCCAGCCCCCUGGACCAGCACACCCCCAGACACUCCCGGGGCCUGAGCUGGGCUGCCCAGGCCGGCCGCCCCCUGCCCCUCUUCUUGGGUCGAGCUCCACCCCCACGUGCCGCAGAGAAGCCGCCCUCUAGGGUGUAUGUGACAAGGGUACGACCAAGACAGCGGGCCUCCCCAAGGGCGCCUCGCAGCCCUCUUUGGCCUCCCUUCCCUGGUGUCUUCCUGCGCCCCAGGCCCCUGCCCAGAGUGCAGCUGCGAGUUCCCCCACACUCACCACGGUGGGGCCGGAGGACCGGAGGCUCCCAUGCCACAGAGCUGAGGCCCCCAACCCGGGCGCAGGCCACCCAGGGGGAUCGGGAGGGCCAGGCACUUGUGCCGGGACUGGCAGCGCUCUCGGUGGACUCGAACUCAUCAGCCGAAGCGCAGCCGGUGACCUCCUUCCUGAGCUUGUCCCAGGUAUCCAGGCCGCAGCUGCCUGGGGAGGGCGAGGAGGAGGAGGAAGGGGAGGAUGAGGGGGCCCUGGGAGACGAGGCCUCAGAGGACAGUGAGGAGGAGGCCACUAGGGCUCUGGGCCGCUGGCGAGAGGACGCCAUCGACUGGCAGCGCACCUUCAGCGUGGGUGCCGUGGACUUCGAGCUGCUGCGCUCAGACUGGAACGACCUUCGCUGCAACGUGUCGGGGAACCUGCAGCUGCCCGAGGCUGAGGCUGUGGACGUGGUAGCCCAGUACAUGGAGCGGCUCAAUGCCCGCCACAGUGGGCGCUUUGCGCUUCUUCGCAUAGUGAAUGUGGAGAAGCGCCGGGACUCGGCGCGGGGCAGCCGCUUCCUUCUGGAGCUGGAGUUGCAGGAGCGCGGGGGUGGCCGCCUGCGCCUCUCGGAGUACGUCUUUCUGCGACUGCCAGCAGCCCGCGCAGGAGACGCGGACGGGGAGAGUCCCGAGCCCCCUCCGGCUGCCUCUGCGCGACCUGACGGCCGCCCGGAGCUCUGCCGACCGCUGCGCCUGGCCUGGCGCCAGGACGUCAUGGUGCACUUCAUUGUGCCAGUGAAGAACCAGGCCCGAUGGGUGGCGCAGUUUCUAGCAGACAUGACCGCACUGCAUGCGCGCACUGGUGACUCGCACUUCAGCGUGGUCCUGGUGGACUUUGAGAGCGACGAUAUGGACGUGGAGAGCGCCCUGCGUGUGGCACGGCUGCCCCGGUACCAGUACCUGAGACGCACUGGAAACUUUGAGCGCUCUGCUGGGCUGCAAGCCGGAGUGGACGCAGUGGAGGACCCCAGCAGCAUCGUUUUCCUCUGUGACCUGCACAUCCAUUUCCCACCCAACAUUCUGGAUGGCAUCCGCAAGCACUGCGUGGAGGGCUCGCUGGCGUUCGCACCUGUGGUCAUGCGCCUGGGCUGCGGGAGCUCCCCUCGAAACCCACAUGGUUACUGGGAGGUGAAUGGCUUUGGCCUCUUUGGGAUCUACAAAUCAGACUUUGACCGCGUGGGAGGAAUGAACACCGAGGAGUUCCGGGACCAGUGGGGGGGCGAGGACUGGGAGCUCCUGGACAGGGUCCUGCAGGCAGGGCUGGAGGUGGAGCGGCUUCGACUGCGCAACUUCUACCACCACUACCACUCCAAGCGGGGCAUGUGGGGCACACGCAGCCGGAAGGGCUCCCACACGGAGCGGUCUUGAGGAUGAGGCAGCCCCCAAGGGGUCCUGUGGCAGCAGCUGAGGGCUGUGCUCUGAGCCCUGUCCCAGGCACAGCCACCAACCUUGCCUGCCCCUCUGCACCCACCAAGGCUCCCUAUGGCCCUCACCUGAGAGGCAGACUUCACAGCUGGUCGGGGCGGGCCACGGUGAUCCCCACAGUCCACAAUGAUUUCUGUGAAAUUUUCUGUAGCGAUGACAUUGUUUUCAAGAUUUCCAAGAGUUCUGUCUGUCCCAGUUUUUAUUCAGAAAGAAAUGAAAUAUUUUUUUUAGUUCC